ACACAAAUAUGCAUAACCGUACAGCAGCUAUUUGAAAACGGCGAUGUUUAGACUGAUUUGGUUACAGAGAUUUGUGCAUUUGGGAUUGGGAAGGUUUGUCCGGACGUGCCACGUCACACAGCGUGAAUCCAUCUAUUGGUCAAACAAACACAAGCGUAUGCUGCUCCUUUUUCCUCCCUAUGGCUGUUUUACGCCCCAAACAGUAAAUAAUAUUUUUGCCCAAUCAACUUAACAAAGCUCAUACCUUCGAGAAACACUUUUUUUGUUUGUCAUAUGCAUCUUUAAUCGGCUUUGCAAUCGUUUCAGGCAAUCGUUCCCUUUGUGUUGGUUUCUUUUGCAUCACUUUUCGAGACAAUGGAGUCUCUUCGCCAUCAGCGCUUACAGCCCGGUAUCGGAUACGGAGCGAGCGCGACCGGGACUCUCCGGUCCCUGCGGCCCGGUGUAACCGGCACUCUUUCCUCGGCUCAGGGUUCCCACGUCUCGGUGUCUGCCUCCCCGGGGCCGCCGCCACCACCGCCGCCCCUUCAGCUCCACAGCCUCGGGUCCGGUAUCAUGGGCAGCGGGUUCGGUUCGGUGGACAUGUCUGCGGGUCUGGGUCUGUCCAAUCCUAGCAACCCCGCGGUUCUGAGAGAGGCAGUGGACGCGGUGGUCCGGAGCUUUGCCAAACACACGCAAGGAUACGGCAGGGUGAAUGUUGUGGAGGCCUUGCAGGAGUUCUGGCAGAUGAAGCAGUCACGAGGUGCUGACCUGAGGAACGGGGCUCUUGUUGUCUAUGAGAUGGUCCCAUCUAAUAACCCCCCUUAUGUCUGCUACGUCAGUCUCCCCGGGGGAAGUUGCUUUGGGAGUUUUCAGUUCUGCCCGACCAAAGCUGAAGCAAGACGAAGCGCGGCCAAAAUUGCCCUAAUGAAUUCUGUUUUCAAUGAGCAUCCAUCUCGACGCAUCACAGAUGAGUUCAUAGAGAAGAGUGUGUGCGAGGCUCUAGCCUCUUUUAAUGGAAACCGAGAAGAAGCUGAUAACCCUAGUACAGGCAUCGGUGCUUUUCGGUUCAUGUUAGAGUCUAAUAAGGGGAAAUCUAUGCUAGAGUUCCAGGAACUGAUGACCGUUUUCCAGCUUCUCCAUUGGAAUGGUAGUCUGAAAGCCAUGAGAGAAAGGCAAUGCUCUCGUCAGGAAGUGCUUGCUCAUUACUCCCACCGAGCGCUAGACGAUGAUAUGCGUACACAAAUGGCCGCUGACUGGGUCAGUCGAGAACACGUUUUAUCCGGUACCAUCAAUCGAGAGAUGGCCGCCACCGAGCGCGAGCUGGAAGAGGCCCGUCUGGCAGGACGGGAGCUGCGCUUUUAUAAAGAAAAGAAAGACAUUCUGCUAAUGGCAGUGGGGCAGCUAGGUGGGUCAAACACUACCACUCUGCCCUGCACAUGCUGAAGAACACGAAGAGGUGUCAGACGUACCGUAUGAUUGUACCAGAUAGCACUCCAAAACUCAAAACAGUCUUUUUUAACUUGUGUUUGUGUGUGAGGAGGAGUCAAAGAAUCAGCAUUCUGCAUAAUUCCACAAACAAAAAUGAUGAUGAAUUAUACCAUUCUGUCUUUUUGAUCUGAACAUGUAAGGCAUUUUUAACUUGAAGAGAAUUAAGCGCUAUAUUGCUAUUAUUACUAUACCAGUAUUAUCCUCCAGUGUUAUCGGUUGACUGUACUGGCACAUGGACCUAAUAUGUUGCGAAAAUCCAUUUUGAGGCCUUCUUUGCAUUGUACUACUCAUGAAUCCUAUUACAUGUGGGCGCUGCUUUUUUUUUUAGCUAAUUCGCCAAAUCACUGCCUAUUCGCUUUUCUUAGGAGAUACAAUUGUGAGGUCAAGUCAUUUUUAUAGCUCCAGAUUGAUCACAGUGAUACAGUUGUUUUCAAUAGUCUGCAUUUACAUUCACGUGAUAGCCUUGCUCAUUUAUUUGCUACACAUGUGCUUUUGAGAAUAUACAAACCUUUGCUUUGUAAACACACAAUUUAUACAGUACUUUUAAAUGAACUAAACUUUUCCUCAAGAGCCAAUUGCCUUAGCAUAAAUGUUUGCUACGGAAGCAACCUCACAAUGUUUUCAAAAUACAGAAGGUCAGAUUUUCUUACACACUGUCACUGGUGUGAAAUCCUGGCACAGGAAGCAUAGCAAGGCAAUUUCCUCCUGCCUUCUUCUUGCAUAGGAAAACGGAGUCCGUGCCCUCAUUAUAAUACCUUCUGUUACUUUUGUGAUUUUGAUUUUCAUGCUCAAGGCAACAUUUAAUUUCUACCUCCUUUCUGAAAGCUUUUGUGAACACUUAUUAGCAUAUAUGCAUACAAGGGCAAAUUGGAUGUGUGUUAAUGGAAUAGUUCACCCCAAAAAAAAAAUUUGCUGAUAAUGUACAAAUUAGAUGACUUUGUUUCUAUAUCAGAACAGAUUUGGAAAAUUUAGCAUUACAUCACUUGCUCACCAGUGGAGCCUCUGCAGUGAAUGGGUGCCAUCAGAAAGAGUCCAAAGAGCUGAUAAAAGCAUCAUAAUAAUCCACAAAUAAUCUACAUUUUGGUGUCUCUUCAGUGCAAAAGUCAUCCCGUCUGAAUCAGGAGAGAAAUAUGCACAAAUCAAGCACAGCUUACAUUGGUGAGCAAGUGAUGUAAUGCUACAUUUCUCCAAAUCUGUUCUGAUGAAGAAAUAAACACUUCUACAUCUCGGAUAAUUGGGGAGUUAUUAAAUUCUUAGCAAAUUAGCAUUUUUGAGAGAACUAACUUCAAGAUGAGCAAUGCUUUGCAAUAGGUUGCUUGAUUCAGUGCAACAGGAAAUAAAACCAUAUAUUGCGUCUUAUAGACACUUGUUGGUCUCCCAACUCAAAAUGGUCCUUAUAGCCUGUACUAUGCUUAUAAAUUAGUUGAAAUCAAAUAUACAAUCAAAUAUUUUAAAAUGUAAUCACUUCUUAUUCCAUCAUCAUGAAUAGCUAUUAUAACUGAUGUUACUAAGUGAAGUGAUGUAAACUUGAUUGUUAAUGUUUUAUCCCAGCCAUUUGUUUCAGUAUUAGGGGCUACAGUGUUAUGUCACCCCUCAGUUAUCUUUCAGAUCAUUUUAGAUCAGGAGAAAGUGUCGCUGCUUUCUCCUUAAACUUAAUUUGAAAAGACAAGCUGCUAAAUCUUGAUACUAACAUCACAAUGAUGCUUAAUGUAGGAUGUGCAUGGUGAGAAACAUCAAUGAUUGUCAUUAGCCAGACAAAUCUGAAAAUGUACUAUUAAGGGCUAAUUGUUGUUAUUGGUUUUCCAUUGUAGUAGUACAGUAGACAUCAUAGUUUAACUGCAGAACUGUCUUAAUUAUUCAUUUAAAGCCCUCAAAGCUUAUAGGCUGGUAUUAUAAAAAUGGUAAUAUAGACAGACUGUAUUACAAUUCUUUACAUGACAUAAGAAGAAACAAAGUGUAGUUAAACUAUGCACACACAAAGUUUAUUGUAAAAAUGCAGCUAUCACUGAAACCUAAAGCCCCUUUCUUUAAAUUUUCCAUAAUGUGCAAGAUCCCAACAAAUUAUUUAUUCAUUUUAGACCAUGUAUUUUGUGAAAUGACAAACAACAUUUUGUGAAUGAGGCCCGUUACUAAAAGUACAAUUUGAAGUUAUAUUAAUAUUUCUUUUUCAGUGUAAUUUCCACAUUUCUGAAAAGAAUUUCUGAGUGUUCUCUCAAUGUAAUUUGUUUGUACUUUGUCACAUGACUACAUCAUAUACCACUGAAAUGUGUAUUGAAAUGUAAACUGCAUUGCAUAUACAUUGCAUAUAAUUUUAUACAAUUUGUUGGGUCUUUUCCCUGUGUUUUUUACACUCUUGUUUACCAAAAUUAUUUUUCAAAUUAUACUUAAGGUAGUGAAAUUGAAUCAGUGCAUGUGAACACAUUUUAUACAUUCUCUAUUUGUUUUGUAGUCUACCAUUUUUCAUGUUUUAUACGAUUUUGAUGCGUAGCCAGUGUUUUGUUGGUUUAUAUUCUUUACAAAUCAAUAAAGCAAUUUAAAACUUA